GCGUGUGUGUAUGUGUGGAGGCACGUGUAUGUGGGGGUAGGGCUCUGGCCUCUGAGGGUGCGUGUACCUUGGAAGUUUUAAUGGUUGAAAUUGUUUCUUGAACUUGAUCUUGGUUGCUUAACAGGACAGCCAGGCUGAACAUUAAGUGGUGGUUACAGCACAAAAUUCUUUCCUUUUGGAGUUAUUGCAAUCAAACUUAUUUUGUCCUAGUCCAUGAAAGGAGCUUCAUAUCUAUCUGAAUAGUGAAAAAUUUUGCAAAGUACAGAAUGAUAAUAGUAGGAAUUUGUGCAAAAUUUGGUAGUUAACUAUGUACACUCAAACUACAAAAUAAAUUUACUAGAUUUACUUUUUGACAUCUUUUUUAGCAGCCCUAUAAAGAAUUUUUAUUUUUUUACACCAUUACAUUUUUUAAAUAGAGCAUAUAUGUUUGAUAAUCAUGACUGUCAUACCAAUUUUUGAGGUGUAUAUGCAUUGUUCCUUCCCUGUAGUCUUUUUCUUUUUUUGCUCCAAAUGACAUCCCGGUGACUUUUUCCAGCUUCUUUACGUUGGUGAAUUCUGGCAAUGAAAUAAAUUAUGUUCAGUUUAAUAGAAACCUAACAUUUAUUUGACUUUUAUCAUGCAGCUAGUGGAGUUGUUAGACACUCCAUUGCAUAACUAUUUUAUGCAGAAUGAUUGCUUGAAUUAUUUCUUCUGUUUCCGCUGGAUUCUUAUACAGUUUAAAAGGGAAUUUGAAUAUGAGAAAACAAUGCGUUUGUGGGAGGUAUUAUGGACACAUUAUCUGAGUGAGCAUCUGCACCUUUACGUAUGUGUUGCUAUCUUAAAGAGAUACCGCAGCAAGAUAAUGGGGGAGCAGAUGGAUUUUGACACUCUCUUAAAAUUUAUCAACGAACUGAGUGGUCACAUCGACCUUGACGCAAUCCUCAGAGAUGCAGAAGCACUGUGUAUAUGUGCUGGUGAAAACGGGGCUGCCUGUAUACCUCCUGGAACUCCACCUUCAUUGCCUCUCGAGGAUCCCAUGGCAUAUCCUCAACUGGAUGAUGAUGUAUUGUAGAUGGCACAUGUAUAAAGAGACAUGCAAUAACGUAUAAUUAGUUUUCAGUGAUUUUUUGAUGUUUAAUAAGUACGCAUUGAUUUGAAUAGAUUGUGUGCUAUACAAGGAAUCUUCUACCUUAUCUUCAA